CUAGCUUGGGACAAAGAUUACACCUGUGCCUGUCAGCCAUAACAUGGCAGGGAGCUCUGUGACAUUAUGCACAGACAAGCUGUUUAAAGUUUUAGUCAUUGGGGAUUUAGGUGUUGGAAAGAGCAGCAUUAUCUUGCGCUAUGUUAAUAAACGCUUUGAUGAAGGAUACAAAUCAUCUAUUGGAGUGGACUUUGCUCUGAAAACAAUCGAAUGGGAUCGCAAUACAUUGGUGAGACUGCAGCUUUGGGAUAUUGCAGGUCAGGAGAGGUUUAAGAAGAUGUCCAGAGUGUACUACAAAGGUGCGUUUGGAGCCCUGGUGACCUUUGAUGUUACAAAAAGCUCCACCUUGGAGGCCGCCUCAGAGUGGAAACAGGACCUCGAUAGCAAAGUGUGUUUGGACAGCGGACGUCCGAUCCCCGCCAUCCUGCUGGCUAACAAAUGUGACGUGGAAGGAAGAGACGCAGACGUGGUGUCCUCCUUGGACGACUUCUGUAAAGAGAACGGCUUCAUGGGCUGGUUUGAGACCUCUGCAAAGGAAAAUAUAAAUAUUGAUGAGGCAGGUGCCUUCCUUGUCAAACAAAUGAUGAUCUGCGAUGCUGGCCUGUACAUUGAAAAGGACAACAAGGACGAGAUCAAAGUGAGUCAACCUCCCGGGGAGAGUCAGAGCCAGACAUUGUGCUGCUGGAGACCACAGCUUUGAGAGAAAGAGACAAUCAACAUCAGAUAAACGCUUCAUAUUUUUAUAUUUCCGCCCUGCCAUAUUACCCACUUAUGUGUGGACCGUGUGGGCUGCCUCAUAAACACCUCUGCUGAGAAGAUCAGGCUCUCUGAUAGUCCAAUGACACUGUCAGGCUAAUAAAGAGAUCAGCAUGACACACACCCUGCUGGGAGAGGCUGUGACACUCCCUCAGAUGCUAAGACUUGCUUGUGAUUGACCGACUAUAAUGAGACAAGAGACUAUGAAACCCUCAACACCACCUAUUUCUAAAACUCAACAACAGCCACAGAAAGAAAGAAAUGCACAAAGAUGUCUGUCUGUAUACAAUCUGUGAAAUAUUCCCCAUUAAAU